AUGAAAUGGCACUCAAGAAGUACAGCUCUUGCAGCAGCCCAAGUAUCUGCUGACUUGCCCAGCCUGCGCUCUUUUGUAAUCGCUGCCCUUAUCUCGACGUUGCUGGCUGGCGUCACUGCACAGCAGCUGAUUACUUACUUCUCUCGCUCAUACUAUGACUCACCGUUGCUCAAGCUCGUGGUCGUCACCACUUCGCUACUCAGCUGGACGGACUACCUCUUCACUCUGAUCACGCUCGAUACUUGGCUCAUAGUCGAUGAAGGCGACUACGCGGCGCUCAACCACUUUGGCUUGCCAUUCGCGCUGCACGCUGCCCUUAUCGGCGCCAUUGCAGCCGCCUGUCAAUCUUUCUACGCCUGGCGCAUCUACAUUCUCAGCAGGCGCGCCCCUUUCAGCCCUGUAUUGAUAAUUCUACUUGCGCUUGCGAGUCUUGGCUCGGGCGCAGCAACAACGUUCCACCUGCUGCAAGCUGGCACCUUCAACAAGAGUCAUGCCACGCCACUGAUCAAGGCACUCCAUCUAUGGUCGGUAUUUGCACAUAUAUGGAAAUUGCGCGAGUUCAUUGAUGAGCAGGUUCCCUGCCGCUUGCGAUCUCAAGCUUCCGAGGGCGAAGAAGUCACGCGCUUCUUCAAGAGACUCGUCCGUAUAGCAAUCGAGACGAACCUCCUAACGUUCUGCCUGGCCUUCGCUGCAGGUGUUUUGUUCAUCACCGAGACCCCACGCUACGUCUACUUGCCUCUGCCGUUCAUCAUUGGCCGCGUGUACGAAGCAACACUGCUCUAUACUGUCAAUUCACGCAUCGUUAUGAGCCCCGCAACGCCCACAACUUCCAGCGGCACUCCUAUGCCGAUCAUGGAACCAGUCAAGCCCGUGCCGAACAAAGACUAUAUUCAACUCGUUUCGCGUAUGAAGCGGCAGGAAGAGAAACUUCGCGACGCGCUCAAUCGUGACAGUGAGGAAUUCGGGGCCAGACAGUAUCGGCGUCCAAGCACGACUAGCGGAGAAAUGGAGGCAUCGAUACGUGUCAAAGCCUUUCAGUAA